AUGGAAAAGGGAAAUUCAAAAGAGGGAAGGAAAGAGAAAAAGAAAGCUAAAAAAUACGAAGGGCAUCGUGAUCAGAAAAGUGUUGCGAUGGCUCGCAAAUUUAGUCAGAGUGAAACUUUACCGAAAGGGCAGAAACGUGCACGAGAUUCUGACGGAGAGAACUGCCAAAGAGAUAUUUCAAGUAAAGAGGGAAAGAAAAUAAAGAAGGAGACAGUUGUUGAGAGGACAGAAGAGUGCAAUAGCACAACUGAUAAUUGCCAAUCUAAAGGCGAACAAAAAGAGAGAGUAUCUAAAGGUAAGCUAAAACCUCGUGAAAGAACACAAGAACCCACAAGCUCAGAAAAAUGUAAACUGAGAAAUUUUGGCGAAGAGCAGCUCGUUAGUUUCGGAAAAGAAGACAAGUUUAGGGAAAACAGAGAUCAAGAAAGUCUCGACAAAGAGAAACGAAAGAAAAAUUCACGUGGUAAUGACAAUUAUUCGGCUCAAAGUGAAGAGGAACGCGAGAAUAGGGAAAAUUCCAAAGGCAAACAUGAUAAAAAAUUGAAAAAAUCGACUAUCGUCGUUGGGAAGAAAAGGACAAAAAAGAAGCCUGAUGAUAAUGCCUUUUUUGAAGAACAAAAACAUUACAUAUUUGAUACACAAAGUAAUGAAGGACUUCACGAAGAAAUGUUAGAGACUUGUGAGGAUGCAGUCAAGGCAGAGAUGAAUAAUGAAGGGAAAAAGAAGAAAAAGAAAUCUAAACAAGAACUGCAAAAGGAAUCAAAAUCUGCCCUUCAUCCAGCUAUUGACUACUUGCACACAUGGUUUAACAAUAGGCAACACUGGAACUUUAAGAAAGUUCGUCAAGUGUGGCUUCUGAAGAAUAUGUUUGAUCAAGAGCAGAUCUCCAAUGAAAACUUUGGCAUUCUGCUGAAAUAUCUCGAGGGACUGGAAGGAGCAGCAAAAGAGAAGACUAUAAAGAUAGCAGAGCAAAGGCUCGACUCUGGAGAAGGGGGAAGUGAACAGGAUACUGUGGUUGAAUCCAGAGUUCGACAAGUGCUUCAAAUGCUGACAGAGUAA